AUGUUUACAUAGGCUUUUAGCUUCAAUUUGUAAAAUCCUGUCUAAGAAUAGUUAGCAACAAUAGUCAGGUUGGAUGGUGUUACUCCUACAUUGGCAUGCGUUUCAGUAGGUGGAAAAGUGUUUUUGUAUACGCCAUAAGGUGUUUCAGAUGAUAAUAAAGAUUAGCAAGUUUAGUUUUUAAAUUUGAAUAAGAAUAUCAAAUCGAUAGUUAGUUCUAGAUUCCAUGGUGAAAAUGAAAAGGAAGAAUUAUUGCUUGGUUCUUAAAAUACUUUAAUAGCUUAUGAUGUUAUAUAAAAUAGCGAAAGAUUCUACAAAGAUAUUGAAGAUGGUAUUAAUGUUGUCGCAUUUACUUCCGAAAUGUCAGGUAAUGAAAAAUCGUUGGCGAUGAUAGGAGGUAAUUGCAGUAUUUUAGGUUUCACUGAAGAUGGCGAAGAAGGAUAUUGGAAUGUAGCAAGUGAUGUUGUAACUUCAAUCGGAUUUUCAGAUGUUGAUGGUGAUGGAAAAUUAGAGUUAAUAGUAGGUUCUGCAGAUAAUUAAAUUAGAGUAUUUAAAGGAGAAGAAAUCUUAUUUGAAUUUUAAGAGGCUGCAAAGCCAAUAAUCAUUUCAAGAAUGAAUAAAACUCGUUUUGCUUUUGGUUUGGAAAACGGUAUGGUAGGAAUAUAUGCUAAAAAAACAAGAAAGUGGCGUGCAAAAAGUUCUUUAAAACCAAUAGCUGUCUAGUUAUCUGAUUUUGGAAAUUUGAAAGAAGGAUAUCGUCCUUUGGUUGUAGGAAGAUCUAAUGGCCAAAUAGAAAUUAGGCACGAUGGUACUGGUGAGACUUUACACAAGUUACAACUUGGAGGACCCAUUUCAAAAAUUAUUAGAGACGAUUUAAGAUAAGAUGGUACUAAAUAAAUAAUAUGUAUUUUAGCAGAUGGUCAAGUAAAAGGUUAUAUAAUUACUCCAAGAUAAGAUAUCCAAUCUGAGAAUGCAACAGUUGAGUAAAAAACUGAUUUGCACAUUGAAUUAGAAGAGCUGACUAAAAAGAAAGAAAUGCUUGUCCAGAAAGUUAACUCUCUUAAGGAAUCUUUAAAAGAAAAACAAUAAAAUUCUGAUUCGACAUUAUUACCUCAAGGAACAUAGUUAGCUAAUAUAUUUAAGAUCAACCCAAAAAAUAAACAGGUUGAAUUGGUGGUUUAAUGCACAAAGGGACUUUACAUUAAGAAUGCUAUAUUGUUUUGUGAUAAAUUAUUUGACGGAAGAGAGAGUUUCUUUUACUGUCCUUAGAAAAUUAAAAAUACCAUAAAUAUUCCUCUCAAUGUGAAGAAAAAUGUUAGUGAAAAGAUUGCUGUAAAAUGUAUGGUCGGAACAAAUAUCUAAAGCAACACCUUUUAAGUGUUCAGCUUUAGCUGUGUUCUUCCCAGAUUUUCAAGAUAUCUUUAUUUAGAAAGCUUUGAAAAGCAUAAUUUAGAUGAACCUUAGUCAUUUGUUACUAUGCAAAUUAAUGAAAGAAUUCCUCGUUUUGUUAAAUGGAUGCAAUAGAGUUUUAUUUUUGAUGAUAAAAUCGCAGAAGCUUUGGAGCAGAACUAGUCAGAAAUGACUGCAAAAUUCGUUAAUAUAUACACAAAUGAAACUAUAGAAAUUAUUGUUAAUCAAGUGAGAGCAACUGUAUAAAUUAAAUGCGAUGAUAUAGAAGUAGCUGGAGACUUGAUCUAAGAUAUGUGCUAAUACAACAAUAUUACAGAACUGGAGUCACAGGGACAAUUCCCAAAAGAAAUGGAAAAAUUUAAAGAAGUCUUGCAUAAAGUGGAAUAAUACAGCUCUGCAAGGAUGAAUAUUACAGCAGAUAUAGCAGAUUCAGUUUAAAUGGUAAAAACAUUUAUAGUUAAAGCGGAGGAUGCUAGAAUUUUGGGUGACAUGAAAUUCAUGAAAAAAUACUACACUGAUGUAAUGGUGCAAAAUAAAAAUUUGAUGACAGAGCUACUCAAGCGCAAGACCAACAACGAUAUUUUGAUGUCCUCACUUAAAGAAGUGAAUUCAAUGAUUAGCAAGGCUUCUAAUCUGAGAAUUGGGUAAUUUAAAGCAAAGGUAACUACUUUGUGUAGGACAGCCGUCAAAAAUAAAGAUCUAUUUUCACUGAUAAGGAUAAUAGAAAACGGCUCAGAGCACUGA